CCUGUGCAGCAGCACGUUUAGCUUUGGUCAUUCGAAACACUGCUGCAGUGAAAAUGAGAGUUUGGAUUCAGAGGAGGGGGCGGGGGCUUUAGUAUUACAGAGUAUCACUGGGAUACCUCUCUUCAGAGAGUAAUUUUUCAUUCUCUCUGUCUCUGUUUUUUUCUCUUCUACUUCCUUCAGCUCUGCAGGAGCUUCACUGAAAGACAACAAAGAAAAUAAGAAACAAUGCAAAUGCACAGAAAAUUGAAAACACAUUUCAUGUCACAAAUAAUGGAUUUCUUUGGUUCUUUAGUGUCUGUCAGUCAUGGCAGUGCUCAAACAAAUAGAUUAUAUUGAUGUAGCUGAGAUUAUCUUUUUUACCUCUGAUGUUUCACUAAUAAUCUGAUGCCUGACAACAGUCAAAACAACAGAUUCAGCUCAAUCUGAACAAUGCCGUUGUUGUCUGUCUACGGUCCUAACACAAACCGGGACUUCUUCAGGAUGUUGCAAAUGAAUAGUUGCCAAUAUUGGCCUGAUCCUGGACGGUGGGCAUUGGUCACCAACAUCAUUUCGUACAUUUAAACAUGUUUUUCUGAGGGGUAACUGAGGCACAACAUGAGAUUAAAAACUCCCAAAACCAGCCUAAAAUACACACUUUAAAAUGUGAAACACUUCUGUUAGAAAAGUGCAUGGAUCUCAGGCAACAGGGAUCAGGGAAUCGGAAGGUUACAGAGAGACGCAGAGAGAUCAGAAAAUGUAAAGUCGGUAACAACAGUUCUCUUAUUAAACAAAUUCCACAUAAUGGAGCCUGGGAUCGAACCACACUAACUAUCUUCUGUUGUUUCUUUACAGUCAAUGUCUGGAUGAUGAAAGGGCUGUCAGCCACCGACAGUUUCAGCACAGAGCCCACUCCCCCCAGGCCGAGCAACGCCUGCAAUGAGUCCCGUCUGCAGUUGGAGGUGGAGGUCUGUGGAGAGGACUUCAAGCGGGACAUGGCUCACAUAGAUCCACAGAACUGGUGUAACCUCACACACUUCAUCAGUGAGUACCAUGUUUUCACACUCUGCACAGAGACAAAGUCCCAGAUUGUCCACUGCUACUGGCCCAAUCCACUGGUGGAGAGCUACAUCAUCCGCAUACACAAGCACUUUUUCUCCAACUGCACCAUGGAGCAGGUGGUAUGGGUGGACCCGCCGGACGACACACUCACCAUCCUCAUCCUCAUCCCCGUUUUCCUCACAAUGGCCAUGAUCGCCCUGGUGGUCUGGUGCAGUAAGAGGAGUGACAUCCUGGCCUAGGAAGAGAGGAGGAUGGAAGAGUAAGGAGAAGGACUGAGUUCACAGUCCCAGCCUCUUUAUUGAAACAGGACUAUACACAACAAAGAAGUGCACGGAGGAUUUGGGAGAUUGAUUCUGCUGGUCAGAUAUUCCAUAAGUGGCUCUGCAAACCACCCAAACAUCCUGUGGAGACAAGGAAGGCAGUCCCUGGUUGCUUUAAAAAAGCUGUUAAUGAAUUUUGUGUGUUUUUAAAAACAUCUUACAACGGCCCACAAACACUCAACAUGGUCUCCUGUUUAGCUCUGUGAUUUAGCACAGAGUUCACGUUUUAGGAAAUUCACUUUUUCACAUUCUUGCUGAGAGAUAUAGGAGAAAAUGGAAACCACCAGGCUCCUAAAUAUUAAGAUACAACCAGCAGCCGGUUAGCUUAGCUUAGCAUAAAGGCUGGCUCUGUCCAAAGGUAAAAAAAAUCUUGUCUACCAUUCCUUCUAAAACGCACGGAUUAACACAUAUCAUGUUUCUUUAAUGUGUAGUGCGUGUUAUGUGUCAGGCUGUUUUUGUCUGACACCAGUGGCCAGGCAACUAGUGGAGACUCCAUGCAGUUUAUCUUCGGACAGAGCAGGCCUAGUUGUUUACCACUAUUUCCAUGCUUUAUGCUAAAACAAGCUAGCUGGUCACUAGCUCCAGCUACGUAUUUAUCACAUAGACAUGAGUGGUAUCAAUCUUCUUUUGUCCCAAAAUAUCAACGUACUUCUUUAAUUUGAGUGGUCUGGUUCAUGCAAAGCUGGGAACUCUCCUAUAAAAUGUGGUGAAUGUCUCCCGUCUGCCACAGAUGCAGGGCGCUCUGUGUCUCUGGUUAACAGGGAGAAAGAUCUAACUGAUACACAAAGGAUGUUGGUGGUUUGAUAUUGUCGUCACUUAUCAGGGAACUAGACCAGCGGAACAGUUGACCAGAUCUUGGGGCUUUCGUGCAUUCAGCUCAUGGAUUUGGGCUGUGGACCUCGGAGAUUCUUGUUGGAGCACUGUAUCGUUGCUGAAGGCCAAAGUAUCCACCAAGCAUCAGAGGCAGCGACUAAACUCUAAACUGUUGGGAAAAAGACUCCCAGAGGAUACUUGUUAAAUAUUUAAACAUGAUGCUCUAUGAUGGCUUGGAAUGAUGAAAAAGAAGCCAUAUUUGGACUUAAUAUUGAUUCAGCAAGUUUGAUCUUACUCUUGAGUUACUGAAUGGACCAUCGUCACUGGAAAGGAAAGAAAAAAAAAACACUGGUCAGGAACCCAAAGAUAAGGCAACACUAUGAUUCAUAUAUUUUGGGACUUGAAUUUCUUGUGUGACUACCUGAGCCCUGAUGGACUGUUAUCUAACAGUGUAACUUAUCGUAUACUGUUGAAUAAAUUACUGUUAAUACUAACAAAUAGGGUUUCUCAAUGGAACCAAAAUGAUUAUGAUCUGACACUGAAACCUCAUACUGUACAGUUAUACUCUGUCUGUGCUGUCUACUGUAUCUACAUAGCCUCUCCAGUGUUACUCAGACCAGUGCAAACGAACUCUUUUGGGGAAAUGUUUGAUUUAACGUACGUUCUUCGUCUGUCCUUUGGACUGCAGUCCUCACCAGGCAAACUAAACCAAGCACAGAUUUUUUUCUGUUCUUCCAAAGCAUUACACAUCAGUGUGUGUUUGUCAGCUGUCACCUGCACACUGGGGCUCACAUCGGCUGCUGUCUGUGGAAACUGAAAGUCCUCAGCUAAAGUACUUUGAUUAAAUGUCAAGUCUCUCUUAAGAUAGUUUUUUUCUUUCCUUCUUUACAUGAAGAAAACAAACACUAGCCGACACAGUUUUAUGAUGCAGUGUAUCGUAGCUCAUCCCUUCUGAACUGAUGUUCAUGAAUGUUUAACAAACCUACAGAUUUGUGCAGUCUGUUGCCUUCUGUUUCUCUGGUCCACAGUCAGCCUGUAGCAGGGUUUCCCUCAGGAAACUGAUUAGGGCAGAGGUAACCCCUCAACAUAUUAUCGCCCUUUAUGAAACAGAUCCAGCUUGUCAGCACAAACUUUUAACUAAUUUUAUCGUUAGUCAUUUAUCUUGGCAUUUCCCAACUUGUAAAGACUCGUCACAACACUGUGAUGUACUGCUCUGAUUAACUGCAACUCAUCAGUCACCUGCUGAGCAGAGUCACACACAUCCCUAAUGCAGUUCAUCUCGUUAUCAGUUAUUAGAUGACUCCUUGAGCACAUGGCCUUUGCUGUGAUAUGUAGCACCACUGCUUGUUUCGUAUUAUAUUCUUUAUAAAAAAAAGUAAUAAUUUAUUCUCAUAUUACUGAGGAGGCUCUUUAAUUUACCUCCACCAGAAACCCUGUUCUGCCACAAGAAGUAAUAACAUCAUGUCUCUCACCUCAUCUGGUGUCAAUUACAUGCAAAGAAUCAGGCAAAGCACUAACUUUAACCCUGGGAUAAUGUAAAGGCUACUAAAAGAUAUCAAACCGAUGAGCAUGUAUUCAAAAAUAAAUAGGCUAUUACCAGCACCUUUAAGCAUAAGGACUAAAUUUUCCUUUUACUUUUCCACUGAACACUCGACUCUGUGGAGUGUUUAGUAGCACUGUUUUAUUUGAAUGAACUCUGAAAUCACGAGCUUCAGUGCAGCACAGUGGUCAAGAGGUCCCUCAAUAAUGAUUCAAAACCCUCUCAAAGGAGUUUAAAACAAACCCCUCACUAGGUGUCAUGAUUCAUCACAAGGUCUACAGGUGUUUCCUCCCAUGAAACAAACCCGCCUACAGUCGUCCAACAGGCUGCUCCACCCACAUGAGCUGUCCCUGCCUACAAACAAAGCCCCCCUAGUUAUUGAAGUCAUCUUUUUAAUCUGUCGUCUGAGGAGUGUGAGAAUGUGUGUGUAUGAACGUCCAUCAAUGUCAAAAAGAAAUGCAAUCAUUACUGGCUUCCAUCGUCACAUCCUGAAGGGAUCGUUUUAUCAUCUGCUCGCUGAAUUAUUUACUGUAAAUUAAAGUCAAAU